AUGCCGGAGCAGAUCAGCAUUUCCGACUUCGUGGUUUUGACCAAAGAGGAUUUAAACUCCCCGGGAUCGACCGCGUUCCAGUCCCGCAUGAGCGAGUGUCGAAGCACGGUCCUGGAGGUGGAAGAGGCCUUGGAGACGGACCACAGCGUUCUGCAGAGGAUGAAGAAGAACAUCCGAGCGCUGCACACCUCUGGACUGGCUCAUGUGGAGCACUUGGAGCAGCACAUGGAGCUCCUGGAGACUCUGGGGAACAGUCACCUGAACCAGAACGACCACCAGGAAGACCAUCAAGACCAUCAGGACCAGCAUCAGAACGACCACCAGGACCAGGUGUACACCGGCUUCCUCAACCUGUCUGUGUUCACGCGGGAAAUCAGUGCACUGCUGCGGAACCUGGUGCAAAAUCUGAACAACAUCAUGUCCUUCCCUCUGGACAACGUCCUCAAGACAGAGCUCCGGGACUGUCGCCUGGAAAUGAAGAAACAGAUGGAGAAAAGCUGGAAGGAGUACGACCUGAAAAUAGGGAAACUGGAGAAGGAGCGGCGAGAGAAGAGCCGAGCCCUGAGCCUGAUUCGCCCUGAUGCCCUGGAGCAGCAGGAGAGAGACCUGGAGAGAGAGCGGAGAAACUUCCAGCUGCAGAUGUGUGAGUACCUGCUGAAGAUCCAGGAGCUGAAGCUGCGCCAGGGUCCAGACCUCCUCCAGAGCCUCAUCAAGGUCUACCAGACUCAGCUCAGUUUCUUCCAGGACGGACUGAAGGCUGCAGAAAACCUGUCUCCGUUCAUUGAGAAGCUCGCCACCUCCCUCCACACGGUGAGGCUGGAGCAGGAUGAGCAGGUGAAGCAGCUCACACAGCUCCGGGACUCUCUGAGGCUGCUGCUGCAGGUGGAAGGCAAAGAGGAGUACCUGAACAGGAAGAACUCUGGUAACGGUUACAGCAUCCACCAACCUCAGGGCAAUAAGCAGUACGGCACCGAGAAGUCCGGCUUCCUGCUCAAGAGGAGUGACGGGAUCCGUAAAGUGUGGCAGAAGAGGAAGUGUGGGGUGAAGUUCGGCUGCCUGACCAUCUCCCACAGCACCAUAAACCGACCACCAGCAAAACUGAACCUGUUGACCUGCCAGGACGUGGAGAAGGCAGACUGA